CGUCACUAGAGAGCCCUCUGCGGGGUCGGAAGCAGGCUGUGCCGGUGCCGUUUGUUGAGGCGGAUGGCAAUGAUCGCAGACGUCGCUCUCAUUCUGGAAGCCACUGACUUUGCCGCUGAGAAGCACAGACAGCAGCGGAGAAAAGAUGUCGACAAAACGCCUUAUAUUAACCACCCAAUAGGUGUUGCUAGAAUAUUAUCUCGGGAAGCUGGGAUCACAGAUACAGCCGUACUGCAGGCAGCGUUGCUUCAUGACACAGUUGAAGAUACAGACACAACUUUCUUGGAGAUAGAAGAGAGGUUUGGUCUGGAGGUCCGACGAAUAGUCGAGGAGGUGACAGAUGAUAAGACGCUACCCAAGAUGGAGAGGAAACGUCAGCAGAUUGAGCACGCGCCGCACUGUAGCUACAAAGCCAAGCUGGUGAAGUUGGCUGACAAGUUAUACAACCUGAGAGACCUAAACCGCAGCACUCCAGAAGGCUGGACAAAGGAACGGGUGCAGGAAUAUUUCCAGUGGGCAUCAGAAGUGGUAAAGGGCCUUCGAGGGACAAAUGCCGUUCUGGAGAAAAGUCUGCACCAGCUGUUCAUGGAUAGGGGAAUUGCAGUAGACACUGUGUAGAUUGUGACCAUGAAUAUAUUUGAUACUUAAAGGUGCUGUGAAUUAGGGAUUUUCAACCAGCUCGAUAACAUGUUCCAGUGCUGGCUCUGU